UUGUUUGCGUUGAAGCAGCCCUCGUUGUGUUGCACACCGCCCUAGUUCUUUCUUUUUUGACGUGACCAGCAAGAAAAAUGGGUAAAAUCAAGUGCUCCGAAUUGAGAACCAAGGACAAAAAGGAGCUCACCAAGCAAUUGGAUGAGCUCAAGAAUGAGCUGCUCAAUUUGCGUGUGGCCAAAGUCACCGGCGGAGCCCCAUCCAAGCUCUCCAAAAUUCGCGUUGUGCGCAAGGCCAUCGCACGCGUCUACAUUGUGAUGCACCAGAAGCAGAAGGAGAAUCUGCGCAAGGUGUUCAAGAACAAGAAGUACAAGCCACUGGAUCUGCGCAAGAAGAAGACCCGCUCCAUGCGUAAGGCUCUGUCGUCGCGCGACGCCAACCGCAAGACGCUGAAGGAGAUCCGCAAGCGUUCCAUCUUCCCGCAGCGCAAAUUCGCCGUCAAGGCAUAAAGAAAAAACUGCAGUGUUCUUGUUACUAUCUAAUUACUGCUAGUAAUUCUCCUGAAAACAACAAAACAACAACAAAUGCGAAAGUAAUAAGAAUAAAACCUUUUUUUUUUGGAAAUGUGAUUU